GAAGUACUGUCCCCUCGCUAGAUGGCUGGCAUAGUGAGUGACGGAGCCCAGCACAGCCGGGCGGCACCAUGAGAGGUGGGAGCCAGCAAGGCUGUGCUUGCCACCACUUGUUCCGCAAAGUCCUGGCCAAGUGCAGCUGCUGCCCCUCUAGGGCACGAGAUCCAUAUUCUGUUGCAGGCAGUGAUGGCAGCAUCUCUGCCUCAGUGGCCUCAAUCCAGCCACAGGCAUCUAGCAGCUCAGCUCCCAGUUCCCCUGCUUCCCGACACUCAGUUAGCACCCUCAAGAAAUGGCUUACCAACCCUGUGCGCAAGCUAAGUGGUGGUGGGCUACCUCGGGGAGAACGCCCACUCAGGAAAACAGAAGGUCGGACAAGGCGCCAUGGGCGCCAGGAGGAUUGCAAGAGUAUUGACCUCGACCUCCUCAGCCAAGCAGAGGGAUCCUUUGCUGUUCCACAGGAGUCAAUCGGCACAGAUGGCAAUACUCAUCUACCAGACCUUUCCUUGCUCUCCAACCUGCUAGAAGGAGAUGGCUCAAAAACACUCAACCAGGGUCCUGAGCCCUCUCUGCUCCCCACAGAUCCCAGAACCUCAGCGUCUCCCUUGGAACCUCUUGUGCAGCCCCCAGGCUCUGAGGAGCAGGAAGAGGAGAGGCGUAGUGCCUUAGAAAAGAGUAUGUUUGUUCUCAGGGAGUUGAUUGAAACCGAGAAGAUGUACGUGGAAGACCUGGGCCAGAUUGUGGAGGGCUAUAUGGUGACCAUGAAUACCCGUGGCAUCCCUGAAGGUAUGAAGGGCAAGGAUAAGAUAAUCUUUGGGAACAUCCACCAGAUCUAUGACUGGCAUAAAGAUUAUUUACUCAAGCAGCUGGAGAAAUGUCUGGAGGACCCCGAUCUUCUGGCUGAGCUGUUCAUAAAGCACGAGCGUCGUUUGCACAUGUAUGUUGUUUACUGUCAGAACAAACCCAAAUCUGAGCAUAUUGUUUCUGAGUUUAUUGACACUUACUUUGAGGAACUGAAGCAGGAGUUGGGGCAUCGCCUGCAGCUCAAUGAUUUACUUAUCAAGCCUGUACAGCGGAUCAUGAAAUACCAACUGCUGCUCAAGGAUUUCCUGAAGUAUUAUAGCAAAGCUGGGAAGGACACGGAACAGCUGGAGAAAGCUGUAGACGUUAUGUGCUUUGUUCCCAAACGCUGCAAUGACAUGAUGAAUGUGGGACGUCUUCAAGGCUUUGAGGGGAAGCUGACUUCUCAAGGGAAACUGCUGCAGCAGAACACUUUUUUGGUGAUAGAGCAGGCAGGCGGGAUCCUGGCCCGGGCUCGUGAGCGCCGCAUCUUUCUCUUUGAGCAAAUUGUCAUCCUAAGUGAGACCCUGGAGCGAAGGCGUGGCCCAUAUGCUGCCCCAACAUAUGCCUUUAAGAGCAGCAUCAAGGUAAGCUCUUUGAGUCUGGAGCCUUGUGUGGACAAUGAUCCCUGCAAAUUUGCACUGAUCUUUCGUGGCGCAGAACGGGGCACCAUCCGUUAUGUACUGCAGGCAGCAACACCGGAGAUUGCCCAGGCCUGGGUGACUGACAUUAACCUCAUCUUGGAAACACAACGUGACUUCCUUAAUGCACUGCAGUCGCCCAUAGAGUACCAGCGUCGGGAGAGCAAAACCCACAGUUUAGGACGAACGGGGGCUCUGCACCACUCACUGACAGGUGGCUCAACUCGGCCUUCCUCCUCAACCUCCAUGGACCAGAACAAGGGAUCCAGCCUCCAGGCCCACAAUGCCUCCCUGCCCUCCCUUUAUCUUCCUGGUCCAGCCCCACCUGACCCCCUCCCCUCUGUCGAGCCAUCUCACAGCCAAAGCUCUCCAGGGCCUGAACCUGCUCACAUACCGGUACCUUCUCAGCAACCUGAUACGCAGCUCUCCAGUGUCCCUCAGCAAGAAGCCCAGCAAUUGGUCCUGAUUGAAGAUGAUGCCAGGCUGCUGCUCCCCGAUCCUGAGGUCCCAGAAAUUAACGUUCCUCAAGGCAGCGCCCAACUUGCCAAACUUGAUGAGGAUGAGCUGUGACUCUUGGGACUGCAGGAUGGCCUCUGUCAGGCAGGCACUUCAGCUGGGGAUAUGUAAUGCCUCUCCCACAUCCCUCCUCCCUCUCUUUGGCCGCUCUGGAGGAAAGAGAAAUGUGGCAACAGCGGGAUGGAAGGUUUUGCUGUCCUCUGAUCCUGCUCAAAAUGCCCAGACUUCACCCCCUUCCUUAAAUGGGUGCAGGACCCCAUAUUGGGAAUGGAGCGUACUGCUGAAGGCCCUUCCCUAGACCCCAGUAUAUGCAUGCUGUGGGGCUCUAGGGGCUUUACGUGGGGGCUCUUGGAUGAGGGGUUUAGAUUAUGUGAAAUGAGAAUAUUUUGUUUGUUGUAAUAAAGAU